GUUUGAGGGUCUCCUACAGUUGUUAUUCUUUAUGUCAGUUAAGUUACCAUGUCGCAAGGGUUCUAUGGUUACUUAGUUACCAGAGUUUGUUUCCAUAUGCUCCAUUCUGUACCACCUGCUUUAAAAUAAGAAAGAAAAGAAGGCAAGCAACAUAUGUAUCGCAGGAAGGUGUGUGGACACCCUUCCUCUUCGUUUAUUCGAUUUUCAUUCUAGUCAUUAGUGGGCAAGAUAGGAUGCUGACAAGUAGGAGCAGCCUUCAGUGCUCAACCGUCAACCCCAAGGGCUCUUUCCCAUUAGGCCCUUUCCCAAGACACAUCUGGAUCCAUCACAAUACGCCUCAGGACAGUUUGGACAAAGCUUGCCAUGAGAUCUGGAAGAGAGUCCAAGGUCUCCCGGAGGAACUCCAACCCAGGUCCUCAUCACCACUUCUCCAGCUGAGCUGCCACCCCAUCCCAUCUUCAGAGGCCCUCCGAGAGGACAGCAGUAGCACCAGCAGCAGCUCCCAAAAGGAAUCUUUGGAAAGCAGCAUUUGCAAAGAUGAAAUAUCCCUGCUAGUUGAGCAAGAAUAUUUGAGCCUCACCCAGGAGAAUGCAGCCGACCUGGAGGCACAAAGAUCCGAUGAUGAGAAGGUGCCCUCAGCUGCUCCAUGCAAUGCUUCAAAUAACAAUCUCACCGUGGCUUCUGAUGAAGACCAGGCACUGGAGGAGAGGGAUGCGAUGGAGAAUGUCUACAGAGCCCUCACCGGGAACAAAAGAGAGGUGAAACUGAGAUCGAUCUGUGAUGCUCAGCUCUCUACCAACUCUACCGUCACAGGCAUCUUGCUCCCUGCGAAACUGAUCUACAAGAAUACCAAAAGUACAGAAAGUGGGAACAGCAACCCCGUGAGUUCCAACGCUCAGAUUGCCAAGCUCUUGGCCCAAUUCCCUUUGAAACGUGUGGAGGCCGUCAAAAGCAUGGACAACAAGGGGAUGACUGAAGAAACCAAGUCAAUCAAGGACAUCCUUCAGAAUAACGUCUUUGGGUCUGCACCCCACAAGGAGAACCUCAUGAGAUCGUCGUCCAUCAUGACAAUGGUGGAAAGUCAAGGAUCUGGGCACAAGAAGCAACUUCCCGUGUUUGCCAAAAUCUGUUCAAAAAACGAGCCUGAACUGGUUGCUGAUGGGCUCUGCCUAAGUCAUGGACCAUCAGGAGCCUUUGAUAAGAACAACAUUAAGUACAGUGGCAAUGUGUUCACCCCACGGUUUCCCUCCACUUCGACCACCACCUCGCUAAAGCAGACCAUGUGGCUCAGCCUGAACUACCCUCCGCCGCCUCUUUUUCCAAACCAUUCCAACUUCCCUCAAUAUCAGAGCUUGUUCCAGCAAAGAGCACGGAUCCCUUUCCAGCAGACGCUACAUCCUCAGCUGGGAUGCUUUUCCCGACAGGUGACUCCAUACAAUCCUCAGCAAAUCUUCCGCUCACCUUACACACCAGUACUUAGCUACAUCCCACUGGUUCAGCCUGGCUUCUCCUAUCAACAGAGGAACCCAACCAAGCCAUCAAAUAGUGUGCGGGAUCCUCAAGCAAUGGCAGGUGAUGGGCCCCAGUUUCCAUUUUCUCCUUCUUAUGGAUUCACAUCGACCACGGCAGGACCUGUCCGGACCAAUCCUUAUUUCUCUUCGAAUGGAGGUGGCAACAGUUUUUAAGAUCUUCUAUCACUUUUUGGCAUUUACUCGAAUAUUUAAACAUCACUGAGAAAACUAUGAAAUUAUCUCCUAAAUCAUUUACUCUGAAAUCAAGCAAAUCAGGUCUGCCUUCCUCGGUGUAAAUUUGCCAUUAAGAGAAAAGCGAGUUAGCAGUUUAUUAAAAAAAAGCAGAAUUUUAUUUAGUGGAAAUAGAUGGGACACUAGAAUACUUUUUUAAAAAAAAACAGGCAUUUUUUAAAAUUCAUGUGUGUGAGAGAGAUAAAAAAGGAGAGUUUUAUUUAUGACGAAUACCUGUUCUGCUUAAAAUUGAAUUUUGCUGUAAUAAAGAUGAGUGAUAUAGAAGAA